AUGGGCACGAACAAGUCCUCGACAUGCAAUGCGAACAUCCGACUGUUGUUUUGUGCACGUGACUUGACGGCAUUGGGCGGCCCUUCCAGUCGGCUUCAGCCGGUCUGGAUGCGGCUUGGCGUUCCGUCGGCCCCGAGAAUCCUCACCGCAAGAUUACUUGUAAUCCAGAGUCUUGGACUCGGGAAUUUGAAGCUACUUGCACCCGUUGCUCGAGUGCAUGUCGCUCCUGCCAUCAUGUGUACUUCUAUUGACGCCGUGUAG